CUUUCAGGAUCCACAGUCUCUGACACCCGGGCCACAAGCUUUCCCGCGAGGGAGUCCCGGGAAACUCUGCGACCGCGUAGCUGUCCUCUGGUCCCCGCCCCCUCGCAGCGUCAGCGCGCCACGGGCUGCGGGGUUUAAAUGCGCACUAGCGGGAGCCGGGGCGCUUCUGCCCGGGAGCGCGGCCCGGCUGAAAGCGCGGAGUGGGAGGGGAGCGAGCUUGCCGCAUCCCCAGCCCAGCACUGCCCCGCGGCCCAUGACUCUGGGGCUCCGGUGCCGCCGUCGCUGCUGCAGCAUCCUUGAGCUCCCCCCAAACAGCGUGGAUGAGAAACCACUCAGCUGCCUCCGCGGCGGGGAGCCAUGAGCUGUCUGGAUGUUAUGUACCAGGUCUACGGUCCCCCGCAGCCUUAUUUCGCAGCCGCCUACACUCCCUACCACCAGAAACUAGCCUACUACUCGAAAAUGCAGGAAGCCCAAGAAUGCAACGCCAGCCCCAGCAGCAGCGCCAGCGGGAGCUCCUCCUUUUCCAACCAAACCCCGGCCAGCGUCAAGGAAGAGGAGGGCAGCCCAGAGAAGGAGCGCCCACCGGAAGCUGAGUACAUCAGCUCCAGAUGCGUGCUCUUCACCUACUUCCAGGGGGACAUCAGCUCUGUGGUGGAUGAACAUUUCAGUAGGGCCCUGAGCCAACCCAGCAGCUACACCCCCGGCUGUUCGAGCAGCAAAGCCCACAGGAGCUCGGGACCCUGGAGAGCAGAAGGCACCUUCCCGAUGAGCCAGCGCAGCUUUCCCGCCUCCUUCUGGAACAGCGCGUACCAGGCGGCGCCGGUGCCCUCGCCGCUGGGCAGUCCUCUGGCCGCCGCGCACUCGGAGCUGCCCUUCGCCACCGCCGACCCCUACUCCCCAGCCGCCCUGCACGGCCACCUGCACCAGGGCGCGGCCGACUGGCACCACGCACACCCGCACCACGCACACCCGCACCCGCACCAUCCCUACGCGCUGGGCGGCGCCCUAGGCGCGCAAGCCUCAGCCUACCCGCGGCCAGCCAUGCACGAGGUCUACGCGCCCCACUUCGACCCGCGCUAUGGGCCGCUGCUCAUGCCCGCCGCCUCGGGCCGCCCCGGCCGCCUGGCCCCGGCCUCCGCACCCGCUCCCGGCAGCCCGCCCUGCGAGCUCGCUGCCAAGGGCGAGCCGGCGGGCGGCGCGUGGGCUGCGCCCGGGGGACCCUUCGUGAGCCCCACGGGAGACGUGGCCCAGAGCCUGGGCCUCAGCGUGGACUCAGGUAAGCGGAGGAGGGAGUGCAGUCUCCCCGCAGCCCCUCCAGCACUGUACCCGACUCUGGGCUGAGGGGCAGACACCCCGACUUCCCUUGGGAGACCCCCCACCCCCAGGACCAUGUGGCUGAGAGAUUGCAUGCCAUCAUUUGUUUCUACGGGUAGAUGUCUCUAGAAAGUAGCACCCUGCCCUCGGCCUGGUUGCUCGGUGGUACAGAGGACUCUUUCUGUUCUUUGAAUAAAGUUCGGUGGAAAGAUUCUAGCCUGCACUGGGCAGACAGUAGCCACUAACCACCACUCAUGACUGCUGAGCCUUUGCCCCGUGGCUAGGAUGAACGGUGAUGUGCUGUCAGACAUAAUACACACUGGAUCUCCAAAACUGCAAAAGAAACAUGAUGUAAAACCUCACCUCGUUAACAUUUUAUACUGAGUUUGCAUGUUCUAAUAAUGUCCAGCAGUUGCCUAUUGGUGAUAUUGGGUUAAAUAAAAUAUACUAUUAAAAGGC